AUGGGCGACACGAAGGCGGCUCCCGAGCCGGGAGGUAAGGCAGAGCCACAGGAGCCGCCUCACCUCUGCUGCCCAAUUACUCAUGCCUUGUAUGAAGAUCCGGUCGUGGCCAUGUCUGGGAACACCUAUGAAAGGGCCGCUAUUGUGGCCUACUGGGAUCAACAGGAGAACCUUUCUGAUCCCCUGACGAAUGUACCUUUGCAGAAUGCCACCUUGAUCCCCAACUGGGACAAGCGGCGAGAGGUCCAGAGUUUCCUGGCCAAGCACCCGGAGCUCAAAGAGCAGAGGGACAGGGACGCUACGGAGCUUACGCCACGGCCGUUGAGGAGAGGGGACUCUUCGAUGUCAAGGCUGACGAUGUCCCAGUCUGUGCGAGUCGAGCGGACGGAGGAAGUCGGACUGUUCUCCCUCCAGUUCCCGGUGGAGAUGCCUACAAGCUUGCAGUAUCGUAUACAAGAAGAUGAGUUCCGCAGCUUGGUGCAGAAGCUGAACGAGAAGCUGCAAGGGACUGAGCCCAGCUUGCUAAGGAAGCUGGCAACUACAGGAGCUUUUGCACUUCUCUGCGCUGGACUUACCAUGAGGAGGCCUCGAAGUUGCAUAGUUUCCGGUACAUCCGCCCUCUCUUUCCUGUGGCUCUGCCGCAUGCCAGAAGGCAACUCGAAGGCAGCAUGCCGGAAAGAGGCGGAGCGAUUCUUCCGCGAAGAGUUCGUGCCGUUUUUCCAAGUCCGGGGCGUACAGGAUCCCUCGUUGGAGUGGGCCAACUAUGAGUUCGACCGCUCUGCCUACGAAUUGCAACGUCCGGAGGCUGUGAGGGAGCUUCUGGGUAUCCUCACAGGCUACCCACAAGGCCUGAACUUCCUGGCCGGCAUGGGCCUCCUGGCUCUAUCUUCCGGCUCUCUGCCAACACAGAGGGUCAAACUCGAGGAGGACACCUUCUGGCUGCUAUCGCACCUGCUGGAGGAUGUGCUGGACCCGGACUUCUUUGGCGCCGAUGUCAGGGGAAAUCUGAAGAUGGUGCACAUUGGCGGCCUGGGAAUGAGGUCUUUCAUCCUAGAGAAGGCCAAGGUCUACUGUCCCAAGAUCUUCCAAGCGUUGGGCGAAGAGGCUUGCUCGAGCUGCUUAGGCUCGCUUCUCGACAGUUGGGUGCUGGCUCUGUUUGUGGGCUGUGCUCCUCAUCGUCUCCUAGAGCACCUGUGGGACACCUUUGCU